CCGGUUGUCCCUCCCCAGCGUCUUCGGGUGCUGCCUCAGCUCUUCAAACAUCCCGCGGCGACAAAGUAGCGGUCGUCCCGCCCAUAAUCACCUCGCUCCAAACAUGGGGGAAAUCACUCUGCCACGACGUAUGUUCCUCUGGUGCAUGGCGGCCAUCUAUUUGAUAGCCUUUGUUUCCCUCUACGUGCAGAUACCAGGUCUGUAUGGCAACGAUGGUCUGCUGCCUGCUCGUCGGCAGCUGCGCUACAGCGGCAAGUCUCUUUGGGAGCAGCUGCUGACCUCUCCCACCGUGCUCUGGUUCGGACCUGGCCUCGGCCUGGACACGCACACCGGCAUGGAGCUGCUGUGCCUCAUUGGGGCUGGGCUUAGCUUGGCCGCCAUGCUGGUGGGGGCGCUACGAGACAGCGUGGUGUUUUUCUGCCUGUGGGCCAUGUACUUGUCAUUAUACCAGGUGGGGCAGGUUUUUCUUUACUUCCAAUGGGACAACCUACUUCUGGAGACGGGCUUCCUCUGCAUCCUUGUUGCGCCGAUGACUCUAAUCAGGGGGUCUCGAGCGCCCAGAGAGCACGAUGGCGUGACCUUCUGGCUGAUCCGCUGGCUGCUUUUCCGCCUCAUGUUUGCCUCCGGAGUGGUGAAGCUCACCUCGCGUUGUCCUACUUGGUGGGGCUUAACCGCCUUGACGUAUCACUACGAGACCCAAUGCCUUCCCACCCCUCUGGCCUGGUCUGCCCACCAGCUGCCAGUGUGGUGGCAGAAGCUGAGUGUGGUAGGAGCCUACGUCUUGGAGAUCGGCGUACCGCUGCUUUUCUUCAGUCCGCUACGCAGGCUCCGACUGGGUGCCUUCUACCUGCAAGUGCUGCUGCAAGUUGUGAUCGUUCUGUCGGGAAACUACAACUUCUUCAACCUUCUGACAAUGGUCCUGUGUCUGUCUCUGCUCGAUGACCAGCACGUCCGCUUCUGGCUGCGCAAGCCUCAACAAAGCAGCCAAAAAGGUUCCAAGUUGGGGUCAUGGUUGUGUUACCUGCUGGAGCUUGCUGUCUGGUCUCUGAUUAUUUUUGGCACUGUUGUGUGUUUUGACCUCAAAGUGGAUACAGCAAAGGGUGCUAUCACUUCCAAAAUAGCUUUCACCUACCAUCAAUUCAACCAGUUUCUGAAGAGUGUCACCAUUCCGUGUGUGUGGAUGGGAGUUCUGGCCCUCAUGUGGGAGAUGCUCACAGCCAUGUUCAGGUGUGCUUGUGUGUCUGGUUUCCUGAGAAGGUUUUGUGCCACUCUUCAGUGGACAGUGUUUGCUGCAUCUGCGGUCGCCAUGUUCUCCAUCAGUCUGGUGCCGUUUACCUACAUAGAACAUGACUCCCAUGCCAGGCUGUGGCCCAGCGUGCGUCAAUCUUACGAGCUGGUGGAUCGCUACCAGCUGGUUAACUCAUACGGUUUGUUCAGAAGGAUGACCGGCGUCGGCGGCCGGCCCGAGGUCGUCAUAGAAGGUAGUAACGACGGCAUAACGUGGACGGAAAUCGAGUUUAUGUACAAACCUGGCAACAUGAGUGCUCCGCCCCCCGUGGUGACGCCCCACCAGCCCCGCUUGGACUGGCAGAUGUGGUUCGCUGCUCUCGGGAGUCACACGCAGGCCCCGUGGUUCACCAGCCUCAUGUACCGACUUCUGCAGGGCAAGAGAGACGUGAUCGAGCUGAUCCAGUCGGACGUCACUCGGUACCCGUUCCACCUGGAGCCCCCCGCCUACCUGCGAGCACACCGCUACAGAUACUGGUUCACUGAACCAAAAGAGGAUGGACCAUACCCACAGCGAUGGUGGAGGCGGGUCUAUGAUGACGAGUACUAUCCCACGGUGCAUCUGGGCAACUCAUUCCUGGAGAGCAUGCUCGUGCAACAUGGACUCAAGGACAAAUCACCUCCCCGCCGCAGCUCCAACUCCAACAUUGCCCUCGCGGUGAAGUGGAUGCGUGACCAGGUGACGGGUGUUCCGGCUCCUGUGCUCAUCUGGACCCUCAUUGGCUGCAGCGCCACCCUGUGUCUACUGCAGGCACUGACAAAGAGACGAACGGCGGACGAUUCCGAAAAUGCCGGCGAUCCAAAAGCAAGUACGACCGACGACAAAGGGGAGGAUUUGGGAACGGCAGCUAGACUAAAGACGGGGGAUGAGGAGGUAGAGGAAGAUGAUGAGGGAGAAGAGUUUGAGAAUGAGGGGGAGGAAGAUGAUGAGAAAGAGAGCAUCAGCAAUGAAGAGGAGGAGGAGGAGGAGGAGGAGGAACAGUGAGAGAUGUUACCAAAAUGUAACUUAAUAGAGCAAAGAAGUAUUUGUGUGUAUAUAUUUGUACUUUCUGACCCGGCUCACUUGUCCACAUGCUGUUCAUCAAACAACACGCUGGUUGAUUUCAUUUUAUUGUGAAAGGACGCUGCAUGCAAGACUUCUUUUUCUACUCCCUUACAAGUUAUUUUCCCCUUAUGGAUUGUCUUUUUUCUGUCACUUACAAACAAAACAAAAAUGAUCACAGCACUUUUUCCUCCUUAACCACAAAUGUGCCUUUCUGUGCCAGAAUUAACCCUGCGCAGUAAAACACACUUUUUAAAUAACAUCGAAAUACAAUAAACAAUUGAAAAAGUCAA